AUGGCCGAGAAGCGCAGAGGCACCCUGGGCGGCACGUUGAGUCUCAGGGCGCACGCCUUCUCCGUGGAGGCCCUAAUCGGCGCCGAGCAGCUGCAGAAGAGGCGCAGGCUGGGGGCAGAGGAGGAGGAGGAGGAGGAGGAGGCGGCCGAAGGAGGAGAGGAAGGCCCAGAGAAGGAGUCCGCCCAAGGGACCCACCAAGCCGCCGGAGACGGGGCCUCCAGGAGCUGCGCCGAGAUGGACAGGGGCUGCGGCUCUCGGGGCCCCGCUGGCGGAGGCGAGGAUGGUUUCCCACCCGGCCCCUCCCCAUCCGAAUCCCCCGGCCCCUCCCCGGAGGAAUCUCCGGUCCCCCCGCCGGUCCUGCCCCGGCCGGGCUCUCCGCAAGCUCCAAGGGUGGAUCUGCAAGGCGCUGAGCUCUGGAAACGUUUCCACGACAUCGGCACCGAGAUGAUCAUCACCAAGGCGGGCAGACGUAUGUUUCCAGCAAUGAGAGUGAAGAUCUCAGGUUUAGACCCACAUCAACAGUAUUACAUUGCCAUGGAUAUUGUGCCAGUGGACAAUAAAAGAUACAGGUACGUCUACCACAGCUCCAAGUGGAUGGUGGCUGGCAACGCCGAUUCCCCAGUGCCACCCCGUGUGUACAUCCAUCCGGACUCGCCCGCCUCCGGAGAGACAUGGAUGAGGCAGGUGAUCAGCUUCGACAAGCUGAAGCUCACCAAUAAUGAGCUGGAUGACCAGGGGCAUAUUAUUCUUCAUUCUAUGCACAAAUAUCAACCUCGGGUCCAUGUCAUCCGCAAAGACUGUGGCGAUGACCUUUCACCCGUCAAACCUAUCCCGUCGGGAGAAGGGGUUAAAGCAUUCUCCUUUCCCGAAACUGUCUUUACCACAGUCACCGCCUACCAGAAUCAACAGAUUACUCGAUUGAAGAUUGAUAGGAAUCCAUUUGCCAAGGGAUUCCGAGACUCGGGCCGAAAUAGAAUGGGAUUGGAAGCUUUGGUCGAAUCAUAUGCAUUCUGGAGACCCUCUCUGCGGACGCUGACUUUCGAAGACAUCCCUGGCAUCCCCAAACAAGGAAGCGCAGGCUCGUCCCCCUUGCUUCAAGGCUCAGGGAACGGGGUCCCAGCCACCCACCCCCACCUCCUCCCCGGCUCCCCCUGCUCCUCACCCGCCUUCCACCUCGGCCCCAACUCCGGUCAGCUGUGCGGCCUGGCCCCAGCCGACUACUCCUCCUGCGCCCGGUCAGGCCUGACCCUGAAUCGCUACGGCACCUCGUUGGCCGAGACGUACAACCGGCUGAGCAGCCCUGGCAGCGAGACCUUCGCCUCCCCGCGGACUCCCUCGUACGUCGGUGUGACGAGCGGCGCCACAGUGAACAUGUCCGUGGCGGGCAACGACGGCGAGGCCUUCGGCUGCCCGCAGACCGGCCUGUCCAUGCAGAUCUCCGGGAUGUCCCCCCAGUUCCAGUACCUUAUGCCCUCGCCCUCUGGCAAUGCCUUUGCCACCAACCAGACCCACCAGGGCUCUUACAACGCCUUCCGCUUGCACAGCCCCUGUGCCUUGUACGGAUACAACUUCUCCACCUCCCCCAAACUGGCCGCCAGUCCGGAGAAAAUUGUUUCUUCCCAAGGAAGCUUCCUGGGCUCCUCGCCGAGCGGAACCAUGACCGACAGGCAGAUUCUUCCCCCGGUGGAGGGAGUGUCCUUGCUGGGUAAUGGGGGGCAGCAGAAUUUCUUUGACUCUAGGGCUCUCGGGAGCCUAACGCUGCCAUCCUCCCAAGUAUCUGCACAUAUGGUUUGAUAGAAGCCAUUUCUCCGGCAACCUCGGGGUUUCCCAAAAACAAUGUUUUAGCUGGGACAGAAGGACCCUCAGGCAGUAGCUUGUCCAAUGUGUAUAUAAUAGAAGAUGAAGGUGCACUGGGACUUCUGGACUUGCUUGUGGUGAGAUUGUUGUUUUAUAUAUGUGUACAUGUAUACUGUAUAUACAUAGCUUUCGGAGGGCAGCAGAGCUCAGUUCCACGUCUCUUUCCAGUAAGUUAAGUUGCAUGGAAUGUUUGCACAAGCGCAACAUAUUCAGCAGAAAUUCCCCCGACACACACACACUUUUCCCCACUCCAAUUCCCCUGCAGCUCUCUGUGGAAAACAGAGUUCUAUUUUUAUGGCUCAGCCCCAGCGGUAACCAAGCUUAAACGUUUCCAACCGGCUUUUGUCUGAAACAAUCCCGAGGGGCUACGACUCUAGUGUGGAAGUAAGGAAUGGUUUCCGAAUGCCGUUAUUCGGGAGCAUCAUUGGCGUUGAGUUGGUGUCAAGGGCCUGCCCGGCUGCCUAGAAGAUGUAGGAGAUGCAUCAACCUGCGCUGUCAGUCAGAGAUCGGGGUGAGGAAGGAGUAGGGUGAGAUGGUGAAAGAAUGGCUAUUUUCUCAAGCUUCUUCCCAUUGGCUAGUGUGAUAAAAAGAUCCCGGGAAUGUUGUACCUCUUGAAAAAUGAAUGGAACAUUCCCCUUUCAGGGAUUCCUCAUCAAAAUUUCUAGCUUCCCAAGGGCUGAUCUGCUGUUUGUUUGGGUUUUAUUUUUCCCCUCUGCUAAGAACAAGUCUAUAGCAUGUUGAUUUUUGUCCGAGCACUGUCUGUGAACAGGCAGAUAGAGAAUGGAGUUUCUACCCAGGAGUCCCUCGGUCUAUUCUGAAGCACUUCUCUGUUCUGCAUUUCACUAGAGAUUAAAAGAUACUGACACCAGCCCAGGGGUAAAAAGAGAUAAUUGAUGAUUCCCAAAAUAGUGUGUAUUUAAAUUAAUGGCAAAAUGAAGAUCACCCCUCCUCCCUUUUUAAUCACGAUAGCAAUUCGGUCCAUUUGUCCCUUGGUUUCUUUUAGCUGGGCUGCUUGAGAUUCUGGCUCUCCUUGGAGUUCCACCCCCAAUGGCUUCGACUGGAAUUCUUGACCUAACGGAUAUAGACAGGCGAGAGAGAGAGUAUAUCUUUAUUUAUAGUCUUGUGUCAGAUGGCUCCUGCAACCUGGAAGCUCCUUCUUGUAACCUUACUCUCUUUUGGAGAGGUUUGAUCUAUGCAAAUUGGUCAUGCUCUUUUUUGGUAUCAAAUACCACCAGGAGGAAUUUCAGUAGUGGACAUCCAAGAAGCUGUCUUUAUCGGGUGGCAAUCCAAAACCCUAAGCCCCUUACUCACAGGCUGCCCUGAAUUACUUAGAAAUGAGAAGUUGGUCCUCAGAGUGCCUACCCAUAGCCGAACUUCAGCAAGCUUCUCAUGUUAUUUGACUGUGAACUGGGUGGGGUCUUCCCUACAAGCCAUUUUGUUUCCCGCUCAACUCUGGAGUGUGGUAAGGCAAGCGAGCCAUUGAAUGUUGAUGUUAAGAUCAUUACGGGCAGGGAAUGUGUCGCUAAUUCUGUUAUAUUAUACUCUCCUAAGCACUUAGUACAGUGCUCUGCAUGUAGUAAGCACUCAAUAAAUAUCAUUGAUCAAGUGAGAGCCAAAGCUCUAGAUUUGUUGCCUGCUCUCCAACAGGGUCUGCCAGGCAAAUGGAGCAUAAUGGGGCAGGGAGCGUCAUUUCUUUGCCUGCCUAUCCAGAUGGCACUGGGGCUUCCUCCUCAGUGUGGGUGGGGUGGAGCACUGCACCCAGUUCUCCCGGAGCAUGAGAUCUGUGUUCUUGCCCAACCAGGCCGGAAGGCAGCCCGGUGCCAUAGCUCUGACCCAUCGUAUGACUGGGCACACAGCCAGCUCCUGCUGAUAACACAACAGGCUGACAUUCUCUAACACCCCUGCAGAGUUCUAGCCGGAAUGCCCAGCGAACCACCCACCCCGUGGUGGCCAAAUGAAGGGUAAUUUCAAAUGGGUCUCAUCUUUCCCCAUCACCUCUAUGCCUGAGGCACCUGUGGUGAUGCCAGGCUGUGGCUGAAUCUCCAUCUGAUGGACGCCCCGUUGACCUCACCUCUCCCGCUGAACCUCAAGGACUCCUUGGCACCCACUCCACAUCACCACGCUUCAACCUAGAGCCCAAGAACACCUGGAAACAUUUUGAAUUGCUUUAAAAAUGCCAUCGGUGGGGCUGCCAGAGCCGAGUGUGAGUUGCCUUUCUUGUCACAACCAAGUUUGUCUUCACAAGGAAGGACCAAUUCGGAGUCUCAAAGGGGAAGCCACAAGGCAACAGCCCCAGGUAUUUAUUUGAAAGAAAAAGGAGGAUUGGCAAUGUAUGACAUGAGAACACAGAGAAAGGUACUCAUUCUGUGCCAACCCGUUGUCACCCAGGGAGCUGUUCCAAUUUGCCGUCUGAUCUGGAGUUUUUUGCCAGGCCACAAGCCACACUCAGAAGCAAAAUCCUUUUCUUUUUACUUGAUAGUAUUGUUGGGACAUUUCCUUAAGUUUCAUAUUGUAAAUAGCCCUGUGCCACCUUAAAGGCUAGCUUUUAUGAUCAUAUUAAAAUGCUAUAUUCGCAUUGAUAGCUGAACUAUAUAUCUGUAUUUUAUAAAA